CCGCCGCCGCCCCGCCGCCACCAUGGAAGCCAUCAAGAAGAAGAUGCAGAUGCUGAAACUGGACAAGGAGAACGCCAUCGACCGCGCCGAGCAGGCGGAGGCUGACAAGAAGCAGGCGGAGGACCGCUGCAAGCAGCUGGAGGAAGAACAGCAGGGCCUGCAGAAGAAGUUGAAGGGCACGGAGGAUGAGGUGGAGAAGUACUCCGAGUCUGUCAAGGAGGCCCAGGAGAAGCUGGAACAGGCGGAGAAGAAGGCUACAGACGCUGAGGCUGAAGUGGCUUUUCUGCCCCGCCGUAUCCAGCUGGUGGAGGAGGAGCUGGACCGAGCCCAGGAGCGCCUGGCCACCGCCCUGCAGAAGCUGGAGGAGGCUGAGAAGGCGGCCGAUGAGAGCGAGAGAGGCAUGAAGGUCAUCGAGAACAGGGCCAUGAAGGAUGAGGAGAAGAUGGAGCUCCAGGAAAUGCAGCUGAAGGAGGCGAAGCACAUAGCGGAGGAGGCUGACCGCAAAUACGAGGAGGUCGCCCGCAAGCUGGUCGUCCUUGAGGGAGAGCUGGAGCGCUCAGAGGAGAGGGCAGAGGUGGCGGAGAGCCGAGUGAGACAGUUGGAAGAAGAGCUGCGGACCAUGGACCAGACCCUCAAAUCCCUCAUUGCCUCAGAGGAAGAGUAUUCCACCAAGGAGGACAAGUACGAGGAGGAAAUCAAGCUUCUAGGGGAAAAACUGAAGGAGGCUGAGACCCGAGCGGAGUUUGCAGAGAGGUCUGUGGCAAAGCUGGAGAAAACCAUCGAUGAUCUAGAAGACGAAGUGUAUGCGCAGAAGAUGAAGUACAAAGCCAUCAGCGAGGAGCUGGACAAUGCACUUAACGACAUCACCUCCCUCUGAGCGCCCCGCUGGGCACCAGCACUGCACCCCCCUGCCUGCCUCUCCCCUCCCCAGCUCGGCCGCUUGCCUGCCCGGCCAUCCCACCGCUCUCCUUGCCCGCUGCGUCCUCUGCCCUUCCUAGCCCAUGCCUGACAUCAGCUCCUUUGGGACAGGAGCUGUCUUGGGGUGUUCCCGCAAUACCCCUCUUUGUGGGGAUAUGAGGUGUAGGUGCUUAGGGGUGUUUGGCAGGGGAGCAGCCCCUAGGACCCCCGCACGCUGGGCAGACAGUGCAGGUCCAUGCCCCAGCAUUGCCCAGUGGUGCACAGGGCUGUGCCCAGGAGCCAGUUGCCCCAGCAGCUCCCUCCUUGGCUCCCCAGCAAGCACAAGCACUGGGGGCCCUGCAGCUCCGGGGCCGGGGAUCCACAUCCCCCCCACCCACCCGGCAAAGCCCCCUGGUGCUGCUUGCUGGGCCCAGGGUGGGGAGGACCCACACAGUGGAAGCAGCAUCUCCUCUGCCAAAGCUCAGGCCCUGGGGAUGGAGGGUUGGGUCCGGCUGUGCGGGCAGCCAGGUCCCAGGCAGGCAGCCCCCAGACCCCCAGCUCCUCCCUUGCCCCUGCCUCCCUUCUGUCCUUUGCACAUCGCUCUUCAGUUUGCAUUUCAUGACUUUUCUUUUAUGUUCUAUCCCUCUGGGUUACUGCAUUGGUCUCAAUAAAGUGUUUUCUUUCCUUGGUUUCUCCUUUGUUUUCUUCAUGCUGCUCUGUCCCUCAUCUCCUGCCUGUCUCACGUGGGUGCUGGCAGCCGGGUGGUAGGAGGUGGCGGCGGGCAGCCCAGCCAUGGGGCCCUCGGGGUGGCUGUGGCUGAGCCCCGAGCAGCUCCUGCGCUGUCAGGCUGAGCAGGAUGGGGCCCUUUGUGCCUCGGCCUGGGGGAUGACCCCCACCACCCCCCCUGGCUCUCAUACAUGGCUUUCCUCAUCUCGUGCCACCUUCUCCAUGACUCUCUUGGCCUGAAAUGGCAGGGCUAGGCCUGGUCCUGUCCAUUUCCCAUCCCACUCCCAGACAUGGCCUGCAAGCAGCGGUCUCAGCCCUGGCAUCUCUCCUGCAUCAUCCUCCCUCAACGAAGGGGAUGACCCUGCCCUUCAGCAGCCAUCCCUAAAUGGGUCCCUGAUCAUCCAUCAUCCUCAUCUUCCUCCUUCCUCAGUAAUUUACCCUGCCUCACCACCCAGUUCCCACACUGGUGGACCCACAGCCCUGUCCCUGCCCUGGGACCUCCUUCUGGCCCCGCUCAUCCCCACUGCUGGCUGGGCGGCUGCAGGGUUUGCAGCGAGGGCUUCAGGGAACGCUGUCUCUUUUCACUAACUCGCCUUUCUCUCUCUCUUCCCUCUGCUGCGUUGAUGUCUCCAUUUUCUCUAGAGCGCUCCCGGCAGGAGGCCGAGAAAAACCGUGUUCUCACUAACGAGCUGCGGGUCAUCCUUACUGAACUUAACAACUGAGUUGCCCAGAGCCCCCGGCCCCAAUGCAGCCUCCCUGCCCUGUUUUGGCCAGGCUGGCUCAGGGCUGGGAGCCCCUACCCGCUCCCCGCCAGUGCUAGGCAGAGUGUGGAGCCUUGGCUUAUCCCCCCUGGGGUAACCACCCUCCUUGGUGGGGGACAGGGAGACCCUCUGGAGCUGAUUGGUUUUUCUUGGGAGAGGAAUGAGGGGUUUUGUGAUGUCCUGGGCUGCCCAUGUGGUGAUGGCUGUCCUCCGGCGUCAGCCUGGCUCUGCCAGGGAGGGAUGCAGUGGUUUGUAUUGCUGCCUUCCUCCCCUUGUCCCAGGAGUCGGUAGCCAGCCUCUUCCUCCUCACUCUGGUCACCCCAAACUGUGCAGGGAGGAUCCCCUCAGAGUGGGGUCCUGCAGGGUGCUGGGAGGGCUGGGAAAGGAGCUGGGGACCCGGCAGCACCUGCUGCCCCAAACUUGGGACAGGGAAGAGCCCAGCAGGGAGCAGUGGGAGAUGGGGCUGGGUAGGCAGAGCUCUUGUCCCAUCCCCAUCUCUAGAGGGAAGGAGGAUGCCAUGUGGAAGCGAGCGCCGGAGGAGGAGGCUGCCUCAGCAUUGGGCUGCCUGGCAGAGCUUGUCCCUGAAGCCUUGUUGGCUCUGCUCCUUCUCUCUCUGCUGUCCUCUCUGUCCACCUUCCCGGGUUGCUGUCUCACUCCUCUUCUUCACGGAGCACCGCUGGGUCAUGCAGCAGGCACUGGCUCUCCUCUUUUCGCUGGCUGAGGGCUUGUGCACGUGCCCACAGCUGGCCGGUGGUGAUGCCCCAGGGCAGGACGUGCUGGUGGCUGGCUGGGGGAAUGGUACCUGCCAGGGGUACCCAUGCUGCAGAGGGCCCAGACAUGGGCAACGCAGCACCAUGUGAGGAUGGAAAUGCUGAAGAAUGGGUACCACCUGCCCCCAGUGACUGGCUUGGCUGCCCCGGCAGGUCCCGGAGUGGCUGAGCUCAUCCCUGCCGGUGGUGGGGCUGCUUGUGCGGACUCUGCUCCGCAGGGACGCCCCGCCCGGCUGGAGGCUGCCGCCAUACUGAAAUGUCCAUCUGUGUGCGUGUGUCUGUGCUUGGUGUGGUGUGCGUGGGUCUGGCUGCACCUGGGUACACUUGGGCUGUGUCUGUGUGCGUGGCUGGGUGUCCCUUGUAU